ACCGUAAUAAGGCUGUUUGAGUGUCAAUCAUGCAUCUGGCGCCUAUUUGGUCACUUUCUUUGCUUUUCAAGAGGCGCUCGACCUGACAUUGGUCCGGCACUGAACGGUAGUGGAAAUUGAGAAACGUUUCUUUCUUUUUAGAUCUCGACUUGAUCUUCGCCCAUGUGGUUUCCUGCUUGUCAUCACAUUUUUGCAUCAUUAUUCACGAACCCAGAGGGAAAGUAGGAUCGAGAAAGUAGAGAGCGGGAUGCUGAGAAUUUUGGCGGGACCAAAAUAUUAGUGGUACAGUGCCCCUGCUGCUGGCAGAUUGACGGGCUAGCCCAAUAUGCACCGCUCUACGGCGUCCUCCUCAAAUGGACCAUCGACUGGAGGUCUGUUCAAAGGGGGAAGCAUAUUUGGGGGCAGCAGCAAGACACCAACAAGACCGAGCACCAGCAGCGGAUCUCCUUCGACGCACAGCGAGUCUACGUCGACGCUUAGUAGUACGACGCUGUCCAGAUCAUCCACCUUCUCGAGGAAAACAUCCCUCUCUUCCACCCAAAAAUCCCCACAAGCCGCCUAUCGGAUUCGCAAUUCGAGCGUCGCCAGCCCAGAACGAAGAAUACAAACAUCUGCCUCGCAGUAUACGGACAAGCAUCCAUUGCCUGGACCAGCGCCAAGUAGGCAGGAGGUCGAGCAACCAAAGUCUGCGGAUAGUUUCAGACAGGUGGUGGCCAGCGCCGAAGCGGUGCGAACCCCAGGCUCGGGAACAGACUCAUUUACUUCAACAACACCAUAUGCAAAUAUGCUCGUCAGACCCUCAACGGGCUACCAAGCCACAGGUCCCAAUGGACUGCCAGCGUUUGCACCGAUUCAACCUCCGAGUCCUACAUUAGAAACCAUUACAUACCAACAUAUUCAAGAGACUUCGUCGAAGAGGAUAUCCACGUUAGAUUAUUUGAGAAAGGCGCACGAAGGACGAGUCUAUUGGUUCAAUACAUUAUUAUUCAACAAACCCGAUUUACAACGAAUGCCAUAUUUCGACUCCAGGAAACUCGCCCGACGAGCCACGAAUUAUCUUUUACUAGGGCUCUCACUACCAACGAUAUUAGAUCUCAAUUCCUCAACUCCAAUGGAAUUCCUCAAAACACUGAAUGCCCUACUUUCCGAAUUUGAGUCUUUUCAACAGAUACAUCCCCCAGACGGCUCCUCAUCCUUAUCACGAGGACGAUUUCCACAAAUGUUCAAGCGUGCAACCGGCGCAAGCAAUAAAGGACGAAGGCAGAGUUCAGCAGCAGAGAUAGGUCUACCAAUGGGCAGUGAUUACGACUCCAAGUCCAUGAAUAGCAGCAUAUCCUCAUCUGGCGCGGGCACGGUAACAUCGUUCGCGAUCAGCGAGACUGAUCUUCUUCCCGGAGAGGAAUACACCCAUUUAUUAACACCAUCGUUACCUUUCGACCCGGACUUUUACGAAACUUUUGCGACGUUGUGUGACGUUCUUAUCGACUGUUACACUAAGCUUAUGAGUCUGGUUGGUUCUCCGAGGGAAUGUAAUCCAGCGGUAGCGGAGAUGUUCACCAAGGCCGACCAGAGAGUGAGGAAGAUUAUUGUACAAGGUGUUGUCAAGGAGUUUGAGGAGAGUAGUAGGGCUGGUGUGAAGACCGAAGUGGCUGGUGUAGGAAAGGUUGUUUUGGGAGGACUUAUGUGAGUGCAUAUUUGCAUGAUACCAGGUUUUGGCGUUUUGGGAUUGGCAACAUGAUUCAUGGCAUGAAAUGACUGAUAUGAUCAUCCUGUAUGGCUAGUAGAAGAUUUGCAUCAUUAUGCUCCAAGCUACAUAAACAUAAUACAACAUAUCCAAUUG